ACCUUUUCAUCUUCUCCAUCUCUCUCACCUGUCCAUGUCUCUCUCUAUUGUCACUUUCCAUCAACAGUCUCCUCACUCUCCCCAACCCCAUCCACACAAUCCUUCACACAUAGUCGGGGGACAAUGAUGCAUUAAAUGCGGGAGUCAUAAUUUUGGUUUAGAUUCCUUCCUAUGUUGGGAUUUUCUCUUCCAAUUACACGCAGAUAGAUCAUCCAUAAACCUCAUGUGCUUCAUUUUUGGCUCUAAUUUGGGCUUUGUUUUGUUAAUCUAUUACUGGGUUUACUUGCAUUUGAUCUUUUGCAUUUUUUGGGAAAUACCCUUUUCAAGCCGUGUCUGAUUUUUAUUUAUUUAUACUUAUUUUGUGUUUUUGUAAAGAUUUUUUUAACUGUUUUACUUCAUACCCAGAUUGAAUCAAAAAACAAUUUGACAAGAAAAACGAAUACAGUUACUGGAUUUUUGUGAAAAGUCAAUAUUAGUUCAGAGGAUUUACUUUUGGAGGUAAAAAAAUGGAGGGGAGAAUGAACAAGUAUAGCCAAGUUAGCCCUGAAAGAGCAAAAGUAUGGACAGCAAAAUCGCCCAAAUAUAAUUACAAUCACCACUAUAAUCGGCAGCAGAAUACUGGAAAAGUUCCUGUAGUGUAUUAUUUAAGUAGGAAUCGACAAUUGGAGCCUCCACAUUUUAUGGAAGUCCCCCUCUCUUCCCCUGAUGGGCUCUUCUUAAGAGAUGUGAUUGAAAGGCUUAAUAUUCUGAGAGGCAGAGGCAUGGCUUCAGUGUAUUCUUGGUCUUGCAAGAGAAGUUAUAAGAAUGGGUUUGUGUGGCAUGAUCUUUGUGAAGAUGAUUUGAUCCUACCUGCUCAUGGGAAUGAGUACGUUCUCAAGGGUUCUGAGCUCUUCGAAGAAUCUAAUUCGGGUCGCUUUAGUCCUGUAAUAGUACAGAAUCCAAAAACAUUACCAGAACUACCAUCUUGCGGAAGCCAGGAUGAAUCUUCAUCUUCAUCUAGCUUGAAUGGUAAAACUAUGAAGAAUUUUCAAGAUGAUGAACAAUCUCCUCCAGUUUAUCGUCCGGGUUCAUCAGCCGUGUCUCCAGAGUCCAUCAUUGGUAAAAAUUCCUGUUGGAAUGGGCCUUUGAGUCUGACACAGUACAAGAUCUACAAGAGUGAUGGGCUCACUGAUGCUUCCACUCUGACUGAGGAAAAUUCAAGCAGAGCUGUUAGAACUCAAGAUACUCGUACAAGAGGUGUUUCAACUGAAGGUGGGUCGUUUGAACCAGAAAGUGGCAAGACUCCUCAAAACGAGGUUCGUCGGAUGAAAGAGACUUCUGAGAUUUGCAGAGAUUUAGUUUCACCACCUCCAUCUACAUCCAGUGCAUCUUCUUCGAGUGGCAGGAUCAAUACUUUGGAAUCCCUCAUCAGUUCUGAUGCUAGGAAGUUCAGCAGCUUUAGGAUACUUGAAGAGGAAGAAUUUCGAAUGUCAUCCAGUACGAAGUUCAAACCUUCGAAUAUGCUAAUGCAACUGAUUUCUUGUGGUUCAAUUUCAGUUAAAAAUCACAGCUUUGACCUAAUUCCAACCUACAAGCCAAAGUUUUCAUAUUCCAAAUUUGCGUCCCCAUUGUUCUCAACGUCAUCAAUGGUGGGAGAGCCUGAUUACCUUAUGGAGAAUCCUAGGCUAAUGGGUAUGAAACUGGAAGACAAGGAAUACUUUAGCACGAGCCUGGUUGAAACAAGUAUGCCCGAGGAAAGUGUACCUGCUCUAAAACGAUCUUCCUCAUACAAUGCUGGCAGGGCUACAAAGGAAAUUGAUUCAGUUGAAGAAAAGGAAGAGGCCAGCUCUACACGUUUGAAGUGCAUUCCAAGAUCAAUCAGGGCUACGCUAAGCAAGCAGCCAAAAUGUGAAUCAAUGAGAUCUCCCGUCUCCGAGGGGCCUAGAAUCUCAUCGGAUAGAGUGGAAAGUUCAAGGACCAUCAUACCCGACACACCUGAUUGCAGAAGCAAGAGAACUACUGAGCCUCUUUUGGGAGAAAAACAGUCAAGGAAACAAGAUUCAUCUAGAGACAACGACGAUGAAAAUGUAAUCAAAAUCGAAGAAAGUUAAGUUCAAAACCCCUCUAGAUCUUAUCACGGGAACUCAACUUACUAGACUAAAGCUCCUUUUUUCAUUUAUGGACGUUUGAGAUUUUCUUUCGC